AUGCUGUCUUGGCUAGAGGCCGCCUGUCAGGCCCUGGGGCUAGGAUUUCAUACGCUUGCGCCCGCAAAAGAGACCGCUGAAAUCGAAAACCUUCCCCGAUCCUUGCCUAUUUUCCCUCCCGAGAUCUGGAGGAUCAUACUGGGCUAUGCCACUCGCCUCUGCGGUGCGCAAUCAGUCGAUCUCCCAAAUCCUCUCUCAGGAUCUUCAGAGGAAGAUUACUGCCGAACAGACCCCGGGUUCUUUCAAGAUCGAAUGAACCUCAGCCAGGUCUGCUCGGUAUUCCGCACACUCGUGCUUGACAUGUCUUUCGAAUACUUGGUCAUUGAAACGGGCCAUCAACUUGCCUAUGUCGCCAAGUUGGUGGACAUCCAGAAGCACCUUGGUGAAAAAAUCCGGCGAAUUGACCUCCAGAUUACCGGAAAGUACAAGAUGAAGCAUUUCUUGGCCCUCAUUCAGCAUGCCCCAAAUCUCUCUAUCUUGAUUAACCGGAAUAAUCUCAACAAAGGCAGCUUCGAGCAGGUUCCCAGCGACAUGGUGAACGCAUUGGUGAACCAUGGCCGCAGUAUCCAACGACUCGAAUUUCAAAGCACAGCGGAAUCUCCCGCCCUUGAGGACCUCCUCGAUAUCUCUCGACACCUACCUAAACUCGAAACCCUUCAUCUCGUGAACAUGCAUUUCUUUCCUAUGCGCGUCGAACUUCUGAGCGCUCUUCCUCUUCUCCAACUCACCAACCUCAAAUCUCUUUCCCUAGGCCUGAUCCCCAUUCCAUGUCCCGAAGACCGAGAAACCUAUCCGGAAACUUGGGAUCCACUCCUCGCAGUCCUCUGUUGCGACCCGACCACCCAGCUGCCCAACCUGACGCGUUUGGAAGUUGACAUCUUCCCCACUGGCUUCACCCAAUUCUUCACGUACCACGGCCACAAGCUACGUACGCUCCGCACCGCCAUCUGUGCGCCCAGCCAGCCUCUACUCCCUGAAGGCCUCGAGGCAUGCCCCAAUCUCACUUCCCUUAUAAUCACGCCCUCACGCGAAGUCAGGAUCAACCUGCCCAGCUCGCACCCUUCCAUUCAGCGUAUCUGUAUCGUUCCUCCCUCGGACGAGCGUAUCGAUGUACCGUUGAAGUUGUUUCGAGCCGCUGCCAUGGAUCCUUUGAACAACCUCUUGAACGACCUGUUCGAUAAUUGCAAAUUACCCAAGUUGGAGGAGGUCAGGAUACGGAAUACGGGGUUGUUCUCGGGGCUGGCGGUGCACAAGUCGUGGCUCUCUCCGUGGACCUUGAGGUGGGGGUUGAGGGGAGUCAGGUUUGUGGAUAAAGCAGGUAUGGGGUUCAAGGAUUGUGUUUCUGAUGACGAGGCAUUGCUAAAUACCAUCCGGUUGUGA